AUGACGAAGAAGCAGAGAGGUUUCAGACAGUUUCCUGUGCUUGAAACCUCUCCCCUAACUCCUGGACAAUCUGAGCAAGAAAUCUACACUCCCUGCAUUGAUGAUAUUCCACUGAGUCAAGAUCUUCAAAAAGAAAUAGCAAGCAGUCAGUCAUCAGAUUCUCGUUUGUUCGGCUCCAGAUUGAACGAGAUCAUUUCUGAGGCCACGGGUGGCAAAAUGCCCGCCCAGAUGGGCGACCCCCAUGGCUUCUACACAGGAACAUACUCAUCCAGGGGUAUUGCCCUUAUUCCCUAUUUGAACGAUAUUCUCAUCAACGCUUUUACCAUUCGGCAGAACGAGGGCAGUGUGCACAUCACCCUGGAUGCCCUGACACGCUUUGGCUGGCUGGUGAACUUCCAGAAGUCAUCCCUACGUCUUAGCACAUGGAUCACCUUCCUCAGCAAUAUCAAUAUCGCCUCGACCAAAGUCCUUUUUCCUUCGGACAAGCAUCUGUCCCUUCAGUGUAAUGUUCAUCUUCUUCUCCGGCGGAGGCAUCCAUUGCUCCGUCUUUGCAUCUUAUUUAAACAACACGAUCCUUUCACUUUUGGAGAAAGACAAAUACUCACAGAUGAUACACAGAAACCCAACUAUGACCAACACGUUUCUGUAGAUUUAACAUGCAGUCCUAAUGAGAGUGCAGAUGUCCAUCAAAGUUGCAAUGAGGAUCUUGGAAGAGUUUCGUUUCCUACCUCCUUAACAUUUAUGAGUGGAAAAGUUGCCAACACUCCAUAUGGGAUCCUAAAACCUGUCUCUGAGAUUCCUAAACAAUUUAGGAAUAUCUUUAAGGAGUUUCCAUAUUUUAAUUAUAUACAGUCAAAGGCUUUAGAUGAUCUUCUGUAUUCCAAUAAAAACUUUGUCAUGUGUGCUCCAACUGGUUCUGGAAAGACAGUGAUAUUUGAGAUAGCAGUUGUGCGAUUACUAAUGGAGACUCCUGCUCCAUGGACAAAAGUUAAAAUCGUAUACAUGGCUCCAAUAAAAGCUUUAUGUGGCCAAAGAUUUGAAGACUGGAAAGAAAAAUUUGAACCCAUUGGACUGCUCUGUAAGGAGCUGACAGGGGACACAGAGGUGGAGGACUUAUUUGAGAUUCAGCAUGCCCACAUUAUAAUGACAACCCCAGAGAAAUGGGAUAGUAUGACUAGGAAAUGGAGGGACAAUACGCUGGUUCAACUUGUACGUCUCUUUCUUAUCGACGAGGUGCAUACAGUGAAAGAUGAAACCCGAGGAGCUACUCUUGAAGUUGUCGUCAGCAGAAUGAAAACAAUGCAGGCCUCCCUUUCUCGUGCAGCAAAGAGUGCCGAAGAGUUUCCGAACAUGCGCUUUGUUGCAGUUUCAGCAACAAUUCCUAAUGCCGAAGAUAUUGCAGAAUGGCUUUCAGAUGGAAAGCAUCCUGCCCUAUGUAUGAAGAUGGAUGAAUCUCAUCGACCAGUGAAACUCCGAAAAGUUGUCCUGGGAUUUCCUUACAACAGUAAUCAAACUGAAUUUAAGUUUGACCUAAGCCUUAACUAUAAAAUAGCAGGUGUUAUACAGACCUAUUCAGAUCAGAAGCCAACGCUUGUUUUCUGUGCCACAAGGAAAGGUGUUCAACAAGCAGCUUCUGUCCUUGCAAAGAAUGCAAAUUUUAUCCUGAGCACUGAACAUAAGAAGAGGCUUCUGAAGGCUGCUAAUGCUGUAAAAGAUGCAAAACUGCGGGAUCUUGUGCUAUAUGGAGUGGGAUAUCACCAUGCCGGUAUGGAUGUAUCAGAUAGGAAAAUAAUUGAAGCGACCUUCACAGCCGGAGAUCUACCAGUACUUUUUACUACUAGCACUCUGGCUAUGGGUGUGAAUCUUCCAGCUCAUUUGGUAAUAAUAAAAUCCACCAUGCAUUAUGCAGCAGGAAUGUUUCAGGAGUACAGUGAGACAGACAUUCUGCAGAUGAUUGGCAGGGCUGGAAGACCUCAGUUUGAUACGACAGCCAUAGCAGUUAUCAUGACAAGGAUCAGUACUAAAGAGAAGUAUGUACAGAUGAUAGAUGGAAUGGAUACCAUUGAAAGCAGCCUGCACAGGCAUCUUGUGGAACAUCUGAAUGCAGAAAUAUCUUUGCAUACUAUAACUGAUGUUAACAUUGCUUUGGAGUGGAUAAAGUCAACCUUCUUGUACAUUAGAGCAUUGAAAAAUCCUUCUCAUUAUGGUUUUCCACAAGGGCUGGAUAAAAUAGGAAUUGAAGCUAAAUUGCAGGAGCUUUGCCUGAGAAAUCUGAAUGAUUUAUCAUCAGUUGGAUUAAUUAGAAUGGAUGAAGAAAUCAAUUUUAAGCCUACAGAAAACGGUAAACUGAUGGCAUUGUACUAUAUUGCCUUUGACACAGCUAAACUGUUUAACUGUAUUCAAGGAAAAGAAACACUGAUUGACCUGGUCAUGUUGAUAUCUACAUGUAAGGAAUUUUCUGAUGUGCAGCUCAGAACCAGUGAGAAGAAAAUACUUAAUUCACUGAAUAAGGAUAAAAACAGAGUAACCAUCAGGUUUCCAAUGGAAGGGAAGAUAAAAUCUAAGGAAAUGAAAGUUAAUUGUCUCAUACAGGCUCAGCUUGGAUGUCUUCCCGUUCAAGAUUUUUCUUUGACCCAAGAUAUGGCAAAGAUUUUCAGACAUGGCACACGAGUGGCUAAAUACCUGUCUGAGUAUUUAGCAUUACAAGAAACGAAAUUCAUUGCAUUUCUUAAUGCAAUAAUUCUGACCAAGUGCUUCAGGUGCAAAUUGUGGGAAAAUUCAUUACAUGUAUCCAAACAAUUGGAUAAAAUUGGUGUUAAUUUAGCUAAUGCAAUGGUGAAUGCUGGCCUUACAUCAUUUAAAAAAAUUGAAGAAAUUAAUGCCAGAGAACUGGAGUUGAUUGUGAACAGACACCCUCCAUUUGGAAAUCAAAUAAAAGAAUCUGUAAUAUAUCUUCCAAAGUAUGGACUUAGUGUUGAGCAGGUAGGAAGAUAUAGUCCUUCCAUAGCUGAAAUCCUUGUUACUGUUAAGUUGACAAACUUUGAGCAGCUACAGAAAAAGAGAACGGCUCAUGACUUACAUUAUGUCUCUCUCAUUAUUGGAGACUUGGAUAACCAUGUUGUAUUUAAGCAGAAAAUCAUGGAUUCUACCUUGAUAAGGUCAGGAAUUUGGACAAGAAAAAUUGAAAUCAAAAGAAUUUCCACAUCAGAGGAACUAAGUAUAAAUCUUAUAAGCUCUGAUUAUGUUGGCCUUGACAUUCAGCAAAGCUUCAGCGUUCUUUAUGCUGUGCCACAGCGAUGUGAGAGAGAUGUGGGAGCUAAGUGGAAAUCUGAAGAUACAUUUUCAAAGGAAAGUAACGCAAGAUCCAACUCUGGAAGCUUGCAGACAUUGAUAAGAAAAGGAAUGAGAGAAUGUAACCAUCAUUGCAAAAACAAAGAAGCUUGUGGACAUGAAUGUUGUAAAACCGGAGUUUCUUAUAAAGCUGACAGUAAAACUAAUUCAGACUUCUCUUCAUAUCUGAGUGAUCUAAGGAGUCGAAAUUCAGUUUCAUCAGCUCCACCAGUAAAGAGACUAAAGAUGCAGAUGCAAAGUGAGUUGAAAACUGUGAACCUGGAAAAGUUUGCCUUCAUGCCUAAAGCUUCCAUGACGUGA